AAGUGCGGCAGAGAGUUUUCACGUUCUGCUAGUUAUUACGUUGCACAGGUCGGAAAUUGAAACGUUGAAAGCAGACUACGUCAGGCCAGAGAGGUUGUUUUAUAUCUUGCUGUGUGCUGUUGAUGGACUGAAAAAUGAGCCUGUUAAAUCAAGGUAGACAACUGUUGUUGAAUAAUGCCUUGAAGGAGUUGUUACCCCUGCUUGGAUGUUUGUCUAGAAGAUCGGCAGCCACAUGGAAUUAUGAGGAAGAGAAGAAGAAUUUCAAGCUUCAGGCACCACCAUUCUACAACUUUGCCAGAGAUGUUGUAGAUAAAUGGGCUGAAAUCGAAAAGACAGGAGAGCGUGGGAAUAAUCCAGCUUUAUGGUGGGUUGAUGAAUCUGGAAGGGAGCUGCAGUGGUCAUUCCAGGAUGUAUCGUACCAGUCCAAACUUGUGGCCAAUGUAUUGAAGAAAGCAUGUAAGCUGGAAACCAAUGAUGUUGUCAUAGUGAUUUUACCCAGAGUUCCCCAGUGGUGGGCAAUCAAUGUGGCUGCUAUUCGAGCUGGGAUCAUUUUAAGUCCUGGGACAACAUUGCUGCGAUCAAGUGAUGUUAAAUACAGAAUAAAUGCUUCAAAUGCUAAAUGUAUCAUUACAAAUGCUCAAUGUGCAGAUACUGUUGAUGAGGUGGCAGAUUCUUGUCCAUCAUUACAGUCGAAGAUAAUUGUUGGUGAGGGGGAGAACAGGGCUGGCUGGAUGAAUUAUGAGGAGCUGGUCAGAAAAAGCACUGAUACAUUCCAGUGUAUAAACUCUAAAGCUGGUGAUCCAAUGACUGUAUUUUUCACAAGUGGGACAACAGGUGCCCCCAAGAUGACAGAACACUCGCACAGUAGCUAUGGUCUUGGCCACCUAAUCACUGCCAGAUAUUUCCUUGAUCUUUCACCAAAUGAUGUUCUUUGGAACCUGUCGGACACCGGCUGGGCCAAGUGUGCCUGGAGCAGUCUCUUCUCUCCUUGGAUUGCAGGAGCCUGUGUGUUUGUUCAGGACUCAUCCAAGUUUGAUCCACAGCAGACUCUGCAGAUUCUGAAUUCCAAACCCAUAUCAAAAUUCUGUGCCCCACCCACAGCUGUUCGAUUUCUUCAAGUAGAACCUAAUUUUUUGGAGAUUAGGAAACACGCUUAUCUUCGUCACUGUGUUUCGGGGGGCGAACCAGUGAACCCUGAGUUGCUUGAGGAAUGGGAAGAAGGAACUGGUUUAAAGCUGUUUGAAGGAUAUGGACAAACAGAAACGACAUUUCUAUGUGGUACAUACAGCAGCAUUGAACAAAGGCCUGGUUCCAUGGGUAAACCUGCACCAGGAUACCAUAUUCAGAUUGUGGAUGAUGAUGGUCAAAUUCUUCCUAGAGGUAAAGAAGGCAAUAUUGGAAUCUUAUGUAAACCACACAAACCUGUGGGACUUUUCACAAGAUAUAUUGAUGAUGAUGAAAGAAUGAGGAGCGUUUUUGUAGGUGAUUAUUACCUGACUGGAGACCGUGCUAUUAUGGAUGAAGAAGAUUACGUCUGGUUUGUGGGACGGUCUGAUGAUGUCAUUAUAUCUUCAGGGUAUAGGAUAGGGCCGUUUGAAGUGGAGAGUGCCUUGUUAGAACAUCCAGCUGUUCUAGAAUCAGCAGUUGUCAGCAGUCCCGACUACAAUAGAGGAGAGGUUGUAAAAGCAUUUGUUACUCUAACCGAGCCAUACAAGACGUCUGAUCAGGACCAGCUUGCCAAAGAAUUACAAGAACAUACAAAACAAGUCACAGCUCCAUAUAAAUAUCCCAGAAAAAUCGAGUUUGUUGACAUUUUGCCAAAAACCGUAAGUGGAAAGAUACGACGUGUAGAGCUACGCAACAAAGAAUGGGGGAGAACUUCUGAGAAUACCCAAGAUAGGUGAAGAUGAAGCUGUCAAAUGAUUUUCUAUCAUAAAUGAUGUCAGCAGGGAAUCACUGUGUCAAGGAGAAUCUGUGAAGAUCAAAUAGUUUAAUCAUUUUGGAACUUCUAGUGAUGUUAUCUUUUGAAUUCCAACUAAACCUCAACAUGUGUAUUGGUUUAAACAUUUUACCUAUGUUACUGUAUGGUGCUAUUUUGACAUCCAGUGAUUAUACAGUUUUUGCCAGUGCAUGCCCAGUAUUAUUUAGUCAUAAUGGCUUGAACUUUUUAACACGAUAUUAAGGAUAACAUGGUGUAAUAGGCAUCAAUUUCACCAGAAGUGCACAUACUUGAUAAUGUAAGCUUUAAAAAUGUCAAAUGAUAGAAAUAAGGUGCAUAUUGAGAAGUUAUAUAGUGACAGAAGUUCUCAAAAAUUUCAUUUAAAUUACCUCCCCUGAUAAUUUUGGUUUUUCAUGAGUUAUCUCCCCUGAAAACUAGAAAAACAUGAUUUUCUCCUUUUCCCUUUGGGGAAUUUUAGAUUUCUUUUUGAUAUUUGUAUCAGAAUCAUAUAAUGCAGCUUUCUACAGCAAAAUUUUCUCGAAACUCAAGUUCAGAUUUUUACAAUGAUUAUUAUCAAAGAAAUUAUAUAUUUCCCAUAGGCAUCAAUGGUCACUUCAAUACCAAUUAUCUCCCAAAAAAAUGAUAAAAUUUGAAAAAUCUCUCGGUGAAAAGUUUUUAAUUUUGAAUGUCUUUAAAGUGACAAAAUUUCAUUUAAAUAUUACCAUCCAGUUACAAGAUAUGAAAUAUGGUUAUUACACCAUGUUGUCCUUAAGGACCUUUCCUAAGAAGCAUCUAAUCUUAUAAGACUUUUUGAUGGAUCCAAAUCUGUAUUAAUUGGACCAACAGUGUUAAAGUGUUAUUUAAAAAGUUAAGAUGGUUUUAAUCUCUCACAUUGGUAUAAAUGUUUUAUAUAAGAUUCAGCAGUUUUCCGUAUAAGAAGAGUAACAGACCCAGCAUUCUGGAAGAUACAAUAAUUAUCUGUAUAAAUGUCCAGCUGAAAAUUAGUAUAUCAAAAUUGCUUAAUUUGAAUUUCUGGUUAUCUUGUAGAAGUUUGUAAAUACCAUCAAGUUUCUUCUAAUUGUAUGUGAGCCGUGCCAUGAGAAAACCAACAUAGUGGGUAUGCGACCAGCAUGGAUCCAGACCAGCCUGCGCAUCCGCGCAGUCUGGUCAGGCUCCAUGCUGUUCGCUUUUAAAACCUAUUGGAAUUGGAGAAACUAUUAGCGAACAGCAUGGAUCCUGACCAGACUGUGCGGAUGCGCAGGCUGGUCUGGAUCCAUGCUGGUCGCAAACCCAUUAUGUUGAUUUUCUCAUGGCACGGCUCAUGUAAUUUAUCUCUGUUAAGGUAGUGCUGCACAUCUGUUACACCAGAGAUCACGGCUUGACAUCAGUUAUCCAGAUUAGCUAGAAUCAAACUUGGUCCUACAUACGAAAUUGUAAAAAAUACUUUCGUGUUUACUUAAGUAAUAAAUUAGGGAAUGGUACUUUCUUUUCUGAACAGUACUUAUAACACCAAAAUGUUUGAUUUUGAACUUAUUUCAAAUAAUGUCAUGAAGUAGGCUUUGAAAUGGUAGUUUUCUUUACUCAUGUUGAAAUGUGACCAAAUAAACACACAAACACUUAGUGGUUUUAUUUGAAAUUCCAUUUGUAGGGUUUGUAUGUUUUGGUUCAGAUUUUUGUCAGCAGACCAGAGUUAUGGCCCUUGAUUGUCAAAAUAUGCAAAAAAGGCAAACAAGUUUGUGUCACAUGUAUCUCAAAAGGUAUUUGACUUAAGAGUCAUAAAAUAUUAGAUGAUUUUUAGCUCGACUAUUCAAAGAAUAUAGCUAUUCUACUCACCCUGGCAUUGGCGUCGGCGUCACACCUUGGUUAAGUUUUUGCAUGCAAGUACAUACAGCUAUCAUUUAAAGGCAUAUAGCUUUGAAACUUAUUUAUUUUUUUUCUAGGUCAAUUACCAACCUCACUGGGUCAAGUUCCAUAACUCUAACAUGUAUUUUGAGCAAUUUAUGCCCCCUUUUGGACUUAGAAAAUUCUGGUUAAAGUUUUACAUGCAAGUUACUAUCUCCAAAACUAAUGCAGAUAUUGAAUUGAAACUUCACAUGUAUCUUCGGGGUUAUAAAACUAGUUGAUAGCACCAAGUCCCAUAACUCUGACCUUCAUUUUGGCCAAAUUAUGCCCCCUUUUGGACUUAGAAAAUUCUGGUUAAAGUUUUGCAUGCAAGUACAUACAGCUAUUACUAAAAGGCAUAUAGAUUUGAAACUUAUUUUUUCUUUUUCUAGAUCAAUUACCUACCUCACUGGGUCAAGUCCCAUAACUCUGACAUGAAUUUUGGCCAAAUUAUGCCCCCUUUUGGACUUAGAAAAUUCUGGUUAAAGUUUUGCAUGCAAGUACAUACAGCUAUUACUAAAAGGCAUAUAGAUUUGAAACUUAUUUUUUCUUUUUCUAGAUCAAUUACCUACCUCACUGGGUCAAGUCCCAUAACUCUGACAUGUAUUUUGGGCAAAUUAUGCCCCCUUUUGGACUUAGAAAAUCCUGGUUAAAGUUUUACAUGCAAGUAACUAUCUCCAAAACUACUACAGAUAUUAAAUUGAAACUUCACAUGUGUCUUCGGGGUUAUAAAACUAGUUGAUAGCACCAAGUCCCAGAACUCUGACAUGUAUUUUGGGCAAAUUAUGCACCUUUUGGACUUAGAAAAUCCUGGUUAAAGUUUUGCGUGCAAGUACAUACAGCUAUUACCAAAAGGCAUAUAGCUUUUAAACUUAUUUAUUCUUUUUCUAGGUCAAUUACCAACCUCACAAGGUCAAGUUCCAUAACUCUUAACAUGUAUUUUGAGAAAAUUAUGCCCCCUUUUGGACUUAGAAAAUUCUGGUUAAAGUUUUACAUGCAAGUUACUGUCCCCAAAACUAAUGCAGAUAUUGAAUUGAAACUUUACAUGUUUCUUCAGGGUUAUAAAACUAGUUGAUAACAUCAAGUCCCAUAACUCUGAUUUGUACUUUGGUCAAAUUAUGUCCCCUUUCGAACUUAAAACUCUUUUGAUAUUUAACAUUUUGGGUAAUAAUAUCCUGCUUCUGUGACAAUAUUUCGAAUAGUCGAGCUUGGCUGUCUUACGGACAGCUCUUGUUAUAUAGCAUGUUGAUGUUCUGUUUGGGAUUUCACUCACACAGACUUCACUUAUUGGAAAAUACACAUAAAGUGCUUAAAAGUUUGUGCUGCAUAUAUCUUGAAAAAUAUUUCACCUAGAGAUAUGGGACCAUGUUGGAAUAUUAUGCAGCAUGUGAAUUUGUGCACCUGAUUAUUUUUUAAUUCACUUUGCAAGACCACAGUUAUGACCCUUGACUUAGUAAAAAUAUAAUAGUUUGUGUCUGAUGUAUUUUUGGUACUUGACCUAGAGUCAUAAAUCAGUUGUUAUAUGAGCCGUGCCAUGAGAAAACCAACAUAGUGGGUUUGCGACCAACAUGGAUCCAGACCAGCCUGCGCAUCCGCGCAGUCUGGUCAGGAUCCAUGCUGUUCGCUUUCAAAGCCUAUUGGAAUUGGAGAAAUUGUUAGCGAACAGCAUGGAUCCUGACCAGACUGCGCGGAUGCGCAGGCUGGUCUGGAUCCAUGCUGGUCGCAAACCCACUAUGUUGGUUUUCCCAUGGCGUGGCUCAUAUAUAGAAUAUGAAGUUAUGCACAUGGUGUCCUCUUUGGGAUUUCACUCAUCUAGGCCAGAGUUAUGUUCCUUCACUUAGUUAAAAAUUCACAUAAAGUGCUUAAAAGUUUGUGCUGCAUGUAUCUUGAAAAAUAUUUUGGUCCUACAACGCACAUUAAUGACCCAAUUUAGUUCAUACUCGCACCCAAAAAGCUUUGUGACAACACCUGCAAAUUGACCUAUAGUAGAUGACCUUGACCUUCAUAUGAUCUUCACGUUUACUCUUAUUAAAACUUCAGAAAGCAACAUCUUGGUAUGCCCGUAGACAUGAUUUUUUAAACCUCGGAAAAAAAACAUCUGGUCAUACACCUGGAGGCAUGAUUUUGCAUUUUGAAAAUGCAGCUCCUUGAUUAUCCAAGCUUGCAGAACUACCUUAAAACAUAUACCACUUACUGUGACUGUGUGUGUUGAAGUCCACUCUGUCAUCGUUUACUUUAACAGUAUCGGAUUCAGUAGGGAUCUUUUAACAGCACCUUGGUCUAUAUUGUUAUAUUUGCCAAAAAUGGAUUUUGCCAUUGAUUACAUGCACCAUGUAUCAUACAGCCUGACAGUUUCCAAAAGAGUGGAAUGCAUCAUUGCAGAUGAAUUGUACAGUUUAAAUGACUCUUCCAUUUUAUACCUUUACAUACUUCUAUUCUUGUCUGAUCUGAAAUUGACUAUAAUUUUUGGCAAAUAAGACUAAAUACUUGUUUGUAAAGGUAAAACUUUUUAUGCUUGGAACAUCAGGAAGUCAUAAUUUCUGUCAUGAUAAAAGCUUGUUGAGUUACAAUUGUUUAUUCCUCCAUAUCAAAUGGGAGUUGGAUACAGGGUUUUGUAUUUGUUUGUGAAAUAAAAGUAUUCUUGAUGUAUUUAAUGUAUGUACACAUGGAGAUUCCCUGAGAUUAUUUCAUUAUAAUUGUGUAAUUUAUUAAAUAAACGGAAUCAGUGAUUUUCUGCAGUUUCAUGUUAAAAUAAUCAGCUGUCUAUUUCUUAAUAAUUUAAAAAGAUAUAAACAUUAUUUUUAUUGUAUGAGUAUUUUUUUAGACAUGUUUUGGUGCGUAAAUUGUUGUUUUUUUUAAGCUACACUGUGUUUAUCUUAAGAAAGGUUGCCAUUUUAUAGAAAGUUAAUAUUUUUGUGUUUGAAAUUUGCUUUAUUUUGUUAACUUGUGAAAAAUUAUGUUUUUGCUUUUGUAAGAAUUAAAUGCAAUUUUUAAUGUACACUGGUUUAAACGAAAUCAGGACUUCUUGCACACGUCUGGUUCACGUGGGAGGUUGGCAGUUACAUGGGAAGAAAUGAUUAGUGCUGGUUCAGAGUCCAGGGGCCGUAUUCAUAAAGCAUCUUAAGUAUAAGUAUAAGAAAUUGAUUAGUUACUUAAGUAUUACUUAGGUUAGAAAUGUAUUUUACUUAAGUAUAUUUGUUAUUCAUAAAACAACUUAAUAAGUGAUUCUUGUUUUUUAUUGUGGACGAAAACAUUAAAAAAAACAACAUUAUUUCAGACAGAUACAACAUGCACACUUAUGUUUAAAGUGCUUUUAUCUGAAAACAACACUUUAAUCGUACUCAACACGCUAUUUUAUUUUCUGACUUAAGUCAUUUCUUACGUAUCUUAAGUUUUAGCUGUUUUAUGACUACAACUUAAGAUUUUACUUAGACUUAAGUUGAAAUCACCACAAACUUAAAUAAAAUCUUAAACUUAAGUCAAAACUUAUACUUAAGAUGCUUUAUGAAUAUGGCCCCAGGUUUAGGCCUGCCUGCUGUUAUGUAAUUGAAAUACUCAAAAACAAAAACAGAAAUAGAAAUUAAUCAAACUUUAUUGCCUAUCUAUAGGACAAAUUAAAUUAUAAGUAUGUUUUUGUUGCAUUUAUACUUGAUCUUGGUAAGCUGACUUGACUGGUAUUAACAUCUUUAAUAAUUUUUUGUAGCAUCCACAAGAUUGAUGUAACUGUGGUCUGACUUACAAAAAAACCCUGGCAGGCCUCUUGAAACAGCUGCAGUCCAACUUUGUUUUAUAGAAUUAUACCAUUACCAGUCACUUAAGGAGAAACCUAUGAUAUGUUUCAUUUUGCCUUAUGUAAACUUGCAUUUAUUUCACAUGCAAUAUAUAUUGUAUAGAGUAUAACAAAGAACAAUUUUAUUACACAGAAUAUUAUAAUUAUUUAUGUAAUAUAUUUACAUUAUCAGCUUUUAUAGUUAUAUACAAGAAACAUUAUGAUUAUGUGAACUUCAAUAUUACAAUAAUAAAACUUAUUCAUAUUUGAAA